GGUACAUAAGCAGGUUGAAUUACAAUUUCUAGGUCUAUGUUGCGGUGGGUUCGCUGAGGUGUAAUAAGAACGGGUGGGUUACCGUGAGUUUAGUGCAUAUUAUCCUGCAUGUGAAUUGAGAGUAAAUCAGGGCAUUAGUUGUGAUAUGUCAGGCAGUCAUCGAAUGAGGUGUCACCUGAUGCCUACAGUAAGAUAGCACACGUCGAAGGCUAAAGCUAGUACUAGCAAUAUCAUUGUGUUUCAUAAGGAAAUUUAGUUGUCGGGAUUGUCUGUAGCCUAUUUGGCUUAGACAUUUUAGUCGUGCGCCUAUUAUACAUUUCCUGCUAUAGGCUUUGUUCAUAAUAUUCAGUAUUAUCCUACUGAUUUAUUCUGAUAUAAAGGUUAUGUCUUGUCACAUUUAGCUUAUUAAUUAAUGUGUAAAUUCGACUAAUAUUAUAUGUUAGUAAGUGGCAUAAUAGCCCAUAAAAACGUAAUUGAAAUUAUUGGUGAGAGUUAGACUACUACACUUUAAAAUGGAAGUGGGGUCCGAAAAGACAUCAUCCACCACCAAACUAUCCAUUCGCCAUGGGGUCUUCAAAGAGGAGACUGAUAUUGCUCUGAAAGCACCCUUAUACGUAGAUGCUAUGUUACCAAAGAAAGUGGAGCACGCGAAAGCAGAAAGAGCCACCUGGGGUCGCCGCCUUGAGUUCGUCCUCGCGUCGGUGGGGUACGCGGUGGGACUUGGGAACGUGUGGCGCUUUCCAUACCUCUGCUACAGGAGCGGUGGAGGUGCCUUUCUCAUUCCUUACUUUCUCAUGCUGUUUCUGUGUGGCAUCCCCCUGCUCUUCAUGGAGUUUGCUAUUGGGCAGUACACCCGUCUGGGACCAGUGCAUGCUCUAGCCAAAAUCUGCCCCUUGUUCAAAGGUGUGGGCAUUGCCACAGUUGUCAUCUCCUUUGUGCUCUGCACCUACUACAACGUUCUCAUGAGCUGGGCGCUCUACUACUUCUUCAACUCAUUCCGAGCCAACCUUCCCUGGCAGUCCUGCAACAACACCUGGAAUGCUGUGGGUAACUGCUCCAGCGGUUUCCCUGGAAACGCCACCCACCUGCAAUCAGCCAGUCAGCAGUACUUUGAUCACAGGCUUCUGGAGAUAACCAAUGGUAUUGAGGAGGCAGGAGGACUACGCUGGGAGCUGUUUGGCAUCCUCAUCCUGGCCUGGGUCAUUGUCUACUUAUGCAUCUUCAAAGGCGUCAAAUCCACUGGCAAGGUUGUUUAUUUCACAGCCACGUUCCCAUACUUCAUUCUGUUCGCCUUGCUCAUCAACAAUGUCCAGCUUCCCGGGGCCAAGAAUGGGAUGCGCUACUUCCUGAAGCCUAACUGGAGCAAGCUGCUUGAAGUUCAGGUGUGGGUUAACGCUGCAGCCCAGGUAUUCAACUCCAUUGGAAUAGGAUUUGGCUCCAUGAUCUCCAUGGCCAGUUACAACAAGUUCAACAACAACAUCCUUAGGGACACGUUGAUUGUCUCUUUAGCUAACUCAGCCACCAGUAUCCUGGCUGGCUUUGUGAUAUUCUCAGCCAUCGGCUACAUGGCUCAUAUCCACAACCUCCCAGUGGACAACAUCGCCACAGAUGGUCCUGGCUUGGUGUUUGUGGUGUAUCCAGAGGUCUUCUCCACUAUGCCUCUGCCCCAGUUGUGGGCUCCUCUGUUCUUCUUCAUGCUUCUCUGCCUGGGACUGGACAGCCAGUUUGCCAUGGUGGAGGUGGCGGUGACGUCCAUAAUAGACGGCUUCGGCCAUAAGGUGCUGCGUGUCCUGAAGAGACAGGAGCUCAUCGUUCUGGCCGUCUGUAUUAUGGGCUUCCUUCUAGGCAUUCCUCACAUCACUAAGGGGGGCAUCUAUGUGUUCCAGUUGAUGGACCACUACACUGCUGUGGUGUCGCUCAUGUUCCUGUCCUUCUUUGAAGUAAUCGCUGUCUGCUGGGUUUUUGGACUGCGGCGGAUGACCAUCAUGAUCAAGAGAAUGUUGGGAAAGGCUCCCAACAUCUAUUUCCGCUCCUGCUGGAUGAUCUUCUCCCCUGUGCUGGUCCUGUGCAUUUUGAUCUCCAGCAUCGUCCAAUACACGCCAGCUCGCUAUGGGAAGUCAUACACAUACCCUGUCUGGGCAGAGGUGGUGGGCUGGGGAAUCUCCCUGGUCUCCAUAGUGUGGAUCCCCCUGGGAGCCCUGCAAGAGAUCUGCAGAAAUAAGGGCUCACUGCUGCAGAGAAUAAAAACAGCUGUGACUCCUACAAUAGAGUUGGAUCCUGUCAACCAUCUGCCAGAGGAGCAGAGAGAAGACAUACCGGAGUCUGUGUCCUUGUUUAUCAUCACUCCUCUGUAAACAUAGCCACCGUGUCUCAGUGCGGACAUGCGUGAGUCAGUGUGACUGUGUGAGUGCUCUAUUAGGAUGGGGAGGUGUGGGUUGUUAGGUAGUUUACCGUUUUUUAAAAACAUAUUGUACCCUUGUCCCUCUGGUAAUCUCUUCAACCAACUCCACUCCCCCCUGGACUUAACAUAUUUUGUCUCCCAAUUUGAUUUUGAAUUCCAUGGCCACAAGGGUCCAGAUAGAUCUUUGACUGAGUAACUCUUUGAACCAACAUUGCCAUCUUGUGGCCGUUUCAAACAUUUUAUUCAGACGGUGAGGUUCAUUUGCGGCUCAUGUGAAUAUUGAAUGAUUAACUGAACAACGACCAGGCUAGUCUAAUAUAGAAAAAUGCAUAUGAUAUGUAUUCCUCUCCUAGAGAGAUAAUAUGCAAUUUGCCUUUUUACUGAUAACUGUAAGGAGGGUAACCACUGCAGUGUUGCCAUGACCAGUGGUGUAAAGUACUUAAGUAAAAACACUUAAAAAUACUACUUAAGUAGGUUUUGGGGGUAUCUGU